UAGAUACUGAUAAUAGCAACCAAGAUAAUUUGGAAGCUUCAAAUUUAAAAGACCCGAGUCACAUUGAACCAGCGCCCAUAGAUGAACAACAGCCUCACGGCGACUUAGUCACCGCCUUUGAGAAGCUCCAGGUCGAACCUGAAACCGAAAUAUUGACGAGCAACAAUGAAGAUAAAAUUCCCGAAUUAACCGAAGAAGAACGACAAGAAAAAGAAGCUCAUGCGCAGGAGUUACUAACACGACGAGAAAGCUUAAAACAAUAUUUCACAAAAAAGCAGCCUUAUACUAACAACAAUAUUCAUAAUAUGCAAAUAGACAAUCCGGCAGAAGACACUUCUGAUACAAAUACAAGAAGGGAAAGCCUAAAAGAAUACUUUACAACUAAACGAUCACAUAAUAAAGACAAUUCUAUUUCGUCAUCAAUAUCAGAGGAUAUUGAUGAUGAAAAUAAUAAAAAGCCUUUAAGUAGUCCAAUUGCUGCUGAGGUUGCCACUACUACUAUGGGAGAUAAUAACUCUAAUUCGGGUAAAGAUAACACAUCCUCAUCACAAAAUACGAAUGCAGAUGCAGAAGAGAGAAGACAAAAAGCGGCAAUAGCUCGGCUUGCGCAGAGAAAACAAUUAAUGGAAUUAAAGAAGCAGAGAAGACGACAAGCUUCAGAGGGUAAAAUGGACACUGAGGACAUUAUCAUUACUGUUCCUGAAAAGAAAAAGAAUUCACCUGCUAAUGACGAAUCAACAACCACCACCACCGGCGAGAAUGAUGCGGCUAUUACACCGAAAUCGUCUACUCAUUCUCUGGAAGGUAAUGAGUCUGACGAUUCUUUGGAUUGGGAUGCGAUCUUAGCACAAACAAGCGAUUUAGAAUCGGGAGGAAUAGAUUCAGGGCUCCUUGAUGUAGUAGAUGACGAUGAUGAGAAUUUCUGGAAUUUAGAAAAAAUUGAUACCUCUGAAUUGCAGAGACAUUUGUCACCGUUGACUCGAUCACCAGAACCAAACAGUAGGAGUAAUAGUACUCGAAGAAAUAAUAAUACAAAUAUCAAAGAUGACGAUGAAUUUAGUCAUACUCUUCUCGCGGAAGAUGUUGACGACAUUACCGCCAAUUCAAAUACAUUCCCGGAAAAUUCUCGAGAAGAAGAUGAAUUUGAUAUGACGUUAGAUGCACAGUUGACGCCCAUUUUAGAGCCAACUACACGCGGAAAAAAUUUGGACAUCGAUAAUAUGGAACUGGAUGGACGUCUUUCUCCGGCCACUACUCCUCAUCGUCGAUUAUCACCGGGUCCUAGAAACAAUGCGAAUCUACGUACUCGUGCGAUUUCAACCGUCAAAGAAGAAGAAGAUGAAUCUAACGAUAUACUCUUGAAAGUUGUCACACAGGAAGUUGACGAUAUCACAGCCAAUUCAAAUAACUUUCCGGAAAAUUCACUGGAAGAAGAUGAGUUCGAUAUGACGCUUGACGUACAAAUGACAUCAAUGAUAGACCCGAAAUCACCUUCUCCGACUCCAUCGUCGCGUAUUUCUCUCAUCGGAGUUAAGACAGGAAUUCCUAUGGGAUUACCAAAACCUGCUUUCACUUCUCAUUUUGGUUCGUCCCCGUCAUCGUCAAGAGCUUCAUCUGUUGCUGAUCACGACGAAUAUGAGACAAUGUCAAAUGGAUCAAUUACUUCAGUGUUGUCAUCAAAUAGUACAAAAUCGGCAAGUUCAAUACGAAGACCAUACACUACACGUGGACUUCGUGCGCCUAGAACUGGCACAACGGGAGUCACAUCAAAAAUUGCAACUCCAAAUCGGCAAACUAUGACAAGUCCUACACCUAGUCGACCAAGAUCAAUGAGUGUUGUAAGUAAUAGUUCUGCCGAAGAAAGUACUACAUCUACAGCAUCAAGAGUCAGUUCUCGUAGGACGCAACAAAGCACACCUACAAGAAAUAAUAAUACUAAUCAAAUACCUGCUCCACGUCAGAGAACUUUGAGUGGUGCCAGUAAUAGUUCAAGAGAUGACGCCAGAGCAGCAGUAGCAUCGAAACCAGUUGCUACACCUGUUCGAUCUUUAAGCAGGGCAGGAUUAAAUCAAACUAAAUUGCCAUCCGGUAUCAGCAGACCUUCAUCACCAACCCAAAUUCGAGGUAGUCCCGCUGGUGAAGGAGCAGGCGCUGCAAGACAAACCACUUUAACAAGAUCAGCUACAUUACAUACAACAUCAAAUAUUACGCCGCCUUCAGGAUUAGCGCGGCCUUCAAGUCGAGCAGGAAUCUCAAAAACACCUGGCUCAGCUACACCAUCAAGACCAUCAAGUCGACUUGGUACAAUUUCCGAAUCGAAAUCUAAAACUUCUGCCCUAUAUAACAAUAAAAAACCUCGACCUGUAUCGAUUGCUGUCUCGCCAAAUUCUGCCGCUAACCGCAUAACAAGUCCAACUGCGAUUUCAAAUAUUAGACCUGGUUCUUCGAUGCUCCGAACAACUGGAAUAUCCGCGUAUAAUGGUGGACGUCGUAGCUCUGAUAGUUUGUCAUCAUACGAAGAAUAUUCGUUGUUCUCGCCUCCUGAAUCACCAUCCAACGCAUCAGAAACUGAUUCAUUGACCUCGUUAACUAGCUCUGUUUCUUAUGGCUCAUCACCAGGUAGAGGAACCUCUCCAAUACCACCAACUUCGUUAAUAGGAAGUCCUUCAAUACGAAAAUCUGGGGUAGGUGUCACACGUAGUCUAUCUAUGUCUACUCCACCUUCAAGGUUAACUCCUCCGUCUGCCGCUGUCACUACCGGUAUUGCUGCGACUACACCCUCAAAAUUGGCAACACCAGCUGGAACACAAUUAAGACCUCCAAGCUCGUUUGGACUAAGAAGACCAAAGAAUCAAUCAUAA